CUUCAUUUAAGUCGAAUCUCCGUUCCAUCGAUCUCUCACUGCGAAUUCCUCCCUCAUCGACGAGAGAGAGAGAGAGAGAGAGAGACGGGUGAACUUCGAUCCGUGGCUGGGCCGGGUAUGGGCGAGGAGGAGGGGGAUCCGCAGCGGCUGAAGACGACCGCCGCGGCGGCGUACGACUACGACAACGAUCCCCGAUGGGCGGAGUACUGGUCCAACAUCCUGAUCCCGCCCCACAUGGCCGCUCGAUCCGACGUCGUCGACCACUUCAAGCGCAAGUUUUACCAGCGCUUCAUCGAUCCUAACCUGGUUGUGGAGGCAAUGUCUUCAACUAGUUCGUCUCAGUCAUCAAGAGCCUCAGACAGACCUUCGUCACAAUCAGCUCAAUCAUCAAGAGCAUCGGAUAGACUUUCAUCUCAGUCAGCUGCUCAGAAUGUGAGGUCACAAAAUUCAGGGUCUGGUAGUGGAAGUACUGGAACAGCUGCAUCAAUGGGCAGGAAUGCUAAUUCAUCGAGGCUAUAUCAACGAUCUAUACAUUUUUCUGCCAAUGCUUGGGUACUAGUGGUUGUUGUGCUUGGGAUGCUUCCAGUUUUGCCAAGAAAUCUUUCAAACAGGGCAUAUCAUUUGUCGUUGCUGGGUACUACUUGUUCCUCGGUUUAUUCAUUAUACACUCUCUAUGGGAAACCGAGGGCAUGGAACCUCCCUGCUAUCCAAACAUGGUUUCAAACACUGAUCGGAGCAAAGGAUUUUAUUCAUUUGAUAUAUUGUAUUACACUUGUUACAUCACAGCUACACUUUAAAUUUGCUCUCAUACCUGUAUUUUCUUGGGCUCUUGAGCAUGUGGCCAAAUUUCUAAGGCGUAAUUUUGCACAUUCUUCUUUAUACAGGAAAUACUUGGAGGAACCUUGUUCGUGGGUAGAGGCAAAUGGAACUACAUUGAACAUUCUAAGUUCAAACGCGGAGAUUGGAUUGGGCUUUCUUCUAAUCAUAUCCUUAUUCUCGUGGCAGCGCAAUAUUAUUCAGACAUUCAUAUACUGGCAGCUGCUGAAGCUCAUGUACCAUGUUCCUGUAACUGCUGGUUAUCAUCAGAGUGCGUGGGUGAGGAUUGGUCGGACUGUGAGUCCAUAUAUCUAUCGCUAUGCUUCUUUCUUAAACGGCCCCAUAUCUGCAGUUCAGAGAUGGUGGUUAACGUAGAAGGAAGAAAGGUAGAAGGUGGUUCGGUGGACAAUAGCUACCUUCUGAUAGAAAACCACGGUUGGUAAAACUGAACCUAGAUGUGGCCAUUUCCUGGAGGUGCUUGUUGAUUCUUGUGCUUGUGCUGCGGCCAAAUGCAGGAGUUUGUCCAUUGCUAUGAACCCAUUUUGUGAUCUUCUGCCAUGCGAUUAAAUGGGAGAAAAUACAGCAUACUUGCUCGUAUUUUACUUGGCACUAGAGUUGAGAACUCA